UUCCUGCACUGAUGAAUGAAUACCGUGUGCCAGAGCUAAAUGUGCAGAAUGGUGUCCUUAAAUCUCUCUCCUUCCUGUUUGAGUACAUUGGUGAAAUGGGGAAAGACUAUAUUUAUGCGGUCACUCCAUUACUUGAGGAUGCUCUGAUGGACAGAGACUUGGUUCAUAGGCAAACUGCAGCUUCUGCUGUGAAGCAUAUGGCUUUGGGGGUUGCUGGUUUGGGGUGCGAGGACGCGUUAGUUCACUUGCUGAACUAUGUGUGGCCGAACAUAUUUGAGACUUCCCCGCAUGUGAUAAACGCUGUCAUGGAGGCGAUCGAAGGAAUGAGAGUUGCCUUAGGUGCUGCGAUAGUGCUCAAUUACUGUCUGCAAGGCUUGUUCCACCCUGCCAGGAAAGUUAGAGAAGUCUACUGGAAGAUCUACAAUUCACUGUAUAUUGGAUCUCAAGAUGCACUUGUGGCAGCAUACCCUAUACUAGAGGAUGAACAGAGUAAUGUUUACAGUAGGCCGGAACUGAUGAUGUUUGUGUGAAGUUUUCGGUGAAAGAGGGCAGAACGAUCUUACUGUUAGAAUUGAGAUUAGAUUUUUGUUUUUAUUUUUCUUGGCGCUGUCAUAUGAAUCCGUAUGCCUAUAUCUACUGGAGGGAUGCUGAGAUAAGGUUAGUGCUAGUCUGUUGGAAAAUAACCUUGUGUCUCUAUUAUGAAUUCACAAUUGAACUUCGGUACCACAGAGAUUGUAUGUAACAGAUUCACACUAAGAUGUGAUAUUGCAUCUGUAUUAAUAGCAUAUAAAAAUUUUAGUUAA